CAACUACUACUACUACUACUACAAUAAUUUACACACACUCACGCUCAUGCUCGCGCAAUUUAGAUGCACCGUUGCCUCGCUUUCUUCCCGACUAAUCUCCGUCACCGCACCCGCCUAUUCUCUGAAAAAUGUCGGUUUCGCUAAGGGCUCCGCCGCACUCCGCUCUCUCCUCUUCCUCCUCUCUCCAUGAGGCCGGACUGAGGUUCGUCGUUUGCUCUGUAAGACCAAAUUUCAGCUUCAAGCCUCGCAGAUCGUUCCCUCCAAUCCGAUCUUCCACUGGCUUCUCAUCUUCUCUCGACACUGGUUCCAGCACCGAAUUCGACUCAGUGUCGAGCUACAGCGAGAUCGUCCCUGAUACCGUUGUUUUCGAUGAUUUCGAGAAGUUUCCUCCUACUGCUGCCACUGUCAGUUCUUCCCUCCUGCUCGGUAUCUGCAGCCUCCCGGAUACAAAAUUCAAGAGUGCUGUGGAUAUGGCAUUGGCUGAUUCUUCAUGUUACGGGCUGGAGGACCCAGAUGUCCGCAUGUCAUGUUUCUUUAACAAGGCUUUAGUAAAUGUUGGUGCUGAUCUUGCAAAGCAAGUACCUGGUCGAGUUUCAACAGAGGUGGAUGCCCGUCUUGCCUAUGACACACAAGGCAUUGUCAGGAAGGUUCAUGAUCUGCUGAAAUUGUAUAAUGAAGUUGAGGUCCCUCCAGAAAAAUUGUUGUUUAAAAUUCCCUCAACUUGGCAAGGAAUAGAGGCAUCAAAAUUAUUGGAGUCUGAAGGCAUUCAGACGCACUUGACUUUUGUUUACAGCUUCUGCCAAGCCGCAGCUGCAGCUCAAGCUGGUGCUUCGGUUAUUCAGAUUUUUGUUGGCCGCCUUAGGGAUUGGGCGCGCAAUCAUUCUGGUGACCCUGAGGUUGAAGCUGCUUUAAGAAGAGGAGAAGAUCCUGGGUUGGCUUUGGUGACAAAAGCUUAUAAUUACAUCCAUAAAUAUGGACAUAAAUCAAAAUUGAUGGCAGCUGCAGUGCGUAACAAGCAGGAUGCUUUCAACCUUCUGGGGGUUGAUUAUAUCAUCACACCAUUGAAGAUACUGCAAUCUCUGCAGGAAUCUAUCACACCUCCUGAUGCUAAAUUUUCUUUUGUGAGGAGGUUAUCCCCGCAAUCAGCUGCAACCUACAAUUUCACUAAUGAAGAGCUUACAAAGUGGGACCAAUAUAGCUUCGCAUCAGCAAUGGGCCCGGCGGCUGUGGAACUUCUAUCGGCUGGAUUGGAUGGCUACGUAAUUCAAGCUAGGCGGGUCGAAGAGUUGUUCGGUAAAAUCUGGCCACCACCCAAUGUCUGAACUGCUGUAACAAAACCACCUAACUGGAUGUUGCCUUGAUGAAAUAAAAUGAGAAAUCUGGUUCAAAGUGCAGUUGCUGUUCUUCCUUCCCGCCUCCUCCUUCCCUGAGAUGCUCUUUCUUUUCCCAAGUCCCCGGCUCAGCUAUGUUGUUAUCCCCGAAACAUGUUUUCACAAUAUAAAGUUAUGCAGUUAAUGAUAAAAUACUGCCUUUUACCUUUUGCCGGUGAUAUAUGUACAUAUGUUGAGAUGAUUCGUAUUCCAUGAGUAUCAAUUGGUGCUUCUGGUAAUGAUUGGAUAGGGGUGAUCAA